UAAAUAAGUAAAAGUUUUUAUUUAAAUGUAUAGUAAGUGGAAAUGUAAAAUACUUAUAAUAAAAAAGAUUUUGUGCUUAAACAUAAACAUACUUCAUCAAACAUACAUGUUGAUGUAGGGUAUUUAGUUAGGCUUCCACCACGAGAUUCAAAACGAACCGACAACGUGCUGCGCAAAAGCAAAUAAUUUCCUUUAAAGGUCAGCGAUAGCGCACCUAGUGCGGUCUAAUCUCAGUGCGUUGACAUAUUUUGCCCCCGCUUGUGUCUGGCAGGCAACUCUAGCUCUUUCAGAGCACGCAGAGGAGCGUCGCUCCUGCAGGUGGGCCGCCUCCACACAGCACAACACAACACAACACGCAGUUAGAAAUGCCCUCAGAGAGCUUGCGUGUACUCCGGCUCAGAGGAACCUCGGCCCCGCAGUCUCACAGCAGCCAGUGCGGUGGGAGGAUGAGGGAAGACGUGGGAGCGCACCUCUCCUGCAUGUGACGCGGAACCCGAACCUCGAUGUUGGACUUUUUAAGGAUUCGGAGACAAUCGAAAACUUUGAAGGAUGUUCUUCUCAGAUGGGACUCUCUCAGCCGUCAGUUUUGCGCUCCUGUUGGGAAUAACGUGCCUGACCGUCCUCUGCGAUCUCACCAAGGGCUCUUCAGACUUCUCAGACUACCUCUCCAAAGUGUUGAGGAACUACACCGAGCGGGCUUGUGACGGAGACUUCCUGUCCGUCCGCUGUCCACCCCGCACCACCAUCACCGUCCAGUCAGCUUUCUACGGAAGAAGAGGCGCUUCCGACCCCCAGCAGUGCCCUCGCGCCUACCCGGCCCUCCUAAGUUCUUAUAACGCCCGGGAGGAUGAUCGGUACUGCUCUGUGUCUACUGCACUACAGAAAAUGCUGGACGAGUGCCAGGACAGAAGGAGCUGUCAAGUCCUUGUCAACAGCCGCGUGUUUGGGACAGACCAGUGUCCUGGCAGCAGCAAAUACCUCAUUGUCUGGUACAAAUGCAGACCUAAUGAGUACAAGAGUAAGGUGGUAUGCGAGGAGGAGAGGAUGAGGCUGAGCUGCAAGCGGGGUAUGCAGAUCGCCGUUUACUCUGCCAUGUUUGGCCGAACUCAGCAGGGGACCCUGGAGUGUCCCCUCCACCACAGGAGGACCCCGUCAGUAGAAUGCCAGUCGUCCGUGGCCCUGCAGGUCCUGACCUCCCGCUGCCAGGGAAAGAAGAGCUGCAUGGUCCGAGCCUCCACCAGAGACUUUGGGGAUCCGUGCUACGCCGGCACCAGGAAGUACCUCAGUGUCAUCUACACCUGUGUUCCAAAGAAGUUGCUUCAGGAGCAGGGCCCCAGACCCCCGGUGUACCACUCACCUCCCAACGCCCAUGACCCUAACAUAGUAGGAGACGGCCCUCCAGAGGGAAGCUCAGUCAAAAGCCCUGACGCUGUUCCAGAUAAGAAAAAGACUAGGAGGACAAACCCCAUCGAAGAAAAGUCUUCAGACAUCGAAAGAGCAGGAGGAGGAGGAGGAGGAGGAGGAGGAGGUGACUCUCCACUGCUGCCCCCCAGCAAGAAUCCAAUCAUCAACUACACCUCUAGCGCCAACAUGGCCCUCAUCAGCAAUGCACUGGCAGCUUACACUUACAUAUCAGACCACCCAGAGAGGGCUGCCCUAUUCUUUGUCUGCGGUGUGUGUUUGGGCCUCUUCCUCACUCUCUUCGCCCUGGUGGUCCAGAUCUCCUGUCGCACCGACUGCCAGCCCCGUCAGCGGCCUCCCGCCAAGAAACGAGCGCGCCCCGCCGACUCGUCCUCGGACUCCAGCGACUCGGACUCGGACUGGGACACGACCUCGGACCUGUCGGCGCGGAGGCACCGGCGUUUCGAGCGCACGCUCAACAUGAACGUGUUCACGUCGGCGGAAGAGCUGGAAAGAGCGCAGAGGCUCGAGGAAAGGGAGCGGAUCAUCCGAGAGAUCUGGAUGAACGGGCAGCCAGACAUACCAGGGACGCGGAGCCUCAAUCGGUAUUACUGAGGGGCUCCUUAGGGGCUUUUGACAGAAGGCUUACUUGACUUGAACAGAAUUUAGGACGCACUUGGGUCCGAGGGGGAAAGAUAGGACUGAUGAACACUUGGGAAGAAAGUCCUCCCUCUCGGCUGGUUUCCCUAUUCCUCUAGGUAUCAUAAGCUAUGCCCCAUGCAACAGGACAAUAAGCUCCCACUCUGCAUGGUAAGCUCGCCUCUUGAGCUGGCUCUUACCGCCGGAAGUGAGAGGUGAAAGGCUACACUGCCUUGCCCAUGACCUCAGCAGGCCUUUUUGAAGUGGGGGAUUUAUUGGUUAGCUGCCUUAGACAUACAAAGGCCUGCAGAGACUACAUGGUGACUGAAGGACCAAGGCCUCAUAUGGGUCUGUUUUAUGCAGAACGCAGGGCUGCUGGAAAAGACUGUGACACUUGGAGCUUUAUGCUCAGUACCCUCCAGUAUUCAAGUGUAAACUUUAACAGAGGGCCAGUAUAAAGCAAGUGCGCUUGACGAUGGGACAAUGUAAGACAAUCUUUCCACAAUGAAUAACCAUGCUGCCUUUUGAGCUUUAUAAAACCAAAAGAUAUUUUUUUGGGGGGUGGGGAGGGGGGAGGGGUUCAUCUCGACCCGUAUGAAAUAUAUUUUAUAAUAUUUAAUAGUUUAUUGAUGUUGUGUAUUUUUGUUCUCAAGUAUGGUUUAUUAUGAGAUAUUUUUAUACUUGGCGAAGGUUGUCAGGCACCUCAGGGAUGCAAUCCUAGUGUUUCUGUGUUUGGUUGAUGCAUUUGCUUCCUAAGAAGGGCAUCGGCCCAUUUAAAACAGCUAUGUCAGCAUUUUAAAGAAAAGAAUUAGAAAUAUCAUAUAAAGAGCCUCAAAGAGGCUUCAGUGAUUUAACCUUAUUUUUGAUACAGUUUGUUUAACUCACAGUGCAGUGCCUUUUUCUAGCUAUCAAGUCAUAGUUUUCAAGAUUGCAGCUUGGUAGCCUCUCAGUAACAGAUCAAUUUAUUUAUUAAUUAGAAAUCCUAAAUUUGUUAUUGUAUUCCCUUUGUCAAUAUUGUUGAGGCAUAUAACCUGAAUUUCUCUUUUAAACAUUGCACUUGCUGUAUACCGAGAUUUAAAUGAACAGAACUUGACAAUUACAAUAUGCACCAGUGAUUUUGCUUUUUCCUGCUCUUGUGUCACCAGUGGCCUCAUUUCAAAGAUAUCAGUGCUAAUCAGAUGCUUGUGGCAAUCGCUGCUAAAUCAUCAUCUGAAGAAGGAACCGGCACUGCUCAGAGUGGACAUGUUAACCUGCUUCUCUUAAAUCACGUUGCCAGUUUAAUGAUGUAUAAGCUAAUGUCAGUUCAGCUCCAGUUUGUGCUUCCCCGGUUUCAAGCAUAAAUAUAAGUGUAGUUUUCAUAAAAUGUUUGGCAUUUUUUUGCGACUGAGAGCACACAGGGCGUAUUAAGGUCAUCAGUACAGACCAUCACUUCCCAUCAUUUUUAGAGACCUACCUUGUGUUUAAAUCGGACAAAAAAAAAGUGUCAAUAAGUGGGAGAAAAAAGACCAAAAUAUGACUUCUGUGCUUGGAAUAAACUGUGUUAAAAAAUAA